AUGGAAAAAUCUUUAAAAAGACAAAUUGUUGAAGCGACAGAAGCCGUGAAGAAAAAAGUACGUAAAAUGAAGGAUAUUGAAAUAAACAAUAAAGAAGCGCUGGAAUCAGUUUUCAAGCCUGUAACAGAUCCCUUAAAUUUAAUUGCCAAUGUCACCAAACAAUCUGCUCCACAAAAUAUUGAAGAUGAAGACAUCGAAGUUCCAUAUAUUGAUAAUACUUUGAGGAAAGAAGUUCUCAGUGAGAAAGAAAGCAAUGAUACAGACGAUUAUGACUCUGAGGUUGACAGUGACUCCUCAUAUAAAUCACUGGUUGAAAAGAAACAAGAUUGUAACACAACAUCCUGGUCAGUUUCUCCAGAAGCGUUAGCAGAUAUUCCAUUUGGUGUCAGAUACGAGCGUGGGAAGUUGAUGUUGGGUGCCGCUCACAUAAUUGUCAAUGACGAAUAUAUCAUAGUGGCACACCGCAAGUAUCGAUGUACGCCUGGAUUGAAACAGUUGCUACUGAAAAAGAAUGCAGAUUUGAGUUUGGUUACAGAGAGUGAUAUGCAACAUUAUAAAUCAAUGCUACUUGAUACAAAUGCACAUCGUCGAGAUUAUGAUCCAAGUAAACCGAUAAAAAGUAAUAAAGGUCAAAAAUAUUUACAAAUUAUUAAACCGCUAUUUUUACAAUCCAAAGGGAAAGGAUUACCCUUAACAAAAAUGUGGAAGAAGAAUGUAGAUUUUAUAUAUUGGGAUGAUCCUAAUGAAUUAGUUGAUCGACUAAAAUUGUUAAUUGCAUCUCAAGAUGCUGGUAACACAGGGGUAAACAACGAAAUCAUAUCCAUAAUAGAGGAAUUACGUGAAAGUAAUAUAAUAAAUACAUAA